AUGCAAGUGUAUCAAACCCGCCCUUGUAACACCUUCAUCCUACACAAUACCGAGGCCUGCACCCACACCCUGGCGGGGGGGCAGCACCCCUCAAGGUGCGUCUGCCUGCGCGCGUUCAGCCGGGGCCUCCUGAGCUUGUCCGAGGGCAAGCACAGAGCCUCGCGGCCCCGCAGCGGCGGCCUGGGGUCCCCCGGGGCGGGGCCGCGCCUCGCAGGCCGGCGGGAGGUGGCCGCAGCUCCCCGGGAGCACGGCGGUGGGGGUGGAGGGGUGGGGGCGCCUGCUCAGCCCGGGGUCCCAGCGCAGGGUUCUCGGAGCACUGCGGCGUGGGGGCCCCGUUCCGAGCACCGCCGAGCUGGCGUCCACGCUCCCGCGGCGCCCCACAAGGGGACCGGGAGCGCGCCUGCGGGGCGCCCCACCCGCCGCCGCAGCCCUCCAGCGCCGGGCGCCCGGGGGCUCAGAGAGGGUGCGAGCCGGGCCAAGGUCACACAGCGGCCGGAGCGGGGGCUCGGCCCGAGGCCGCAGCAGACCUGCUCGCAGGCUGAGGGAGCCCGGACCCGCCCGCCGCCCCGCCGCCCCGCGCCGCACGUCGCCCCGCGCCCCCGCCUCGCGCGCCUCAGCUCACCUCACCUCACCUCGUCGUCGUCGUCUCUCAGCCACCGCCUCGCCGACCCUCCCGAGGCCGCCCCUCCUCUGCCGGCUCCGCCCCCGGCGCCCGGAGCCCCGCCUCCCGUUCCAUAUCUCGCGAGAAGUCGCGGACCGCGGAAGGGCCACGGAGGCCGAGGCGCUCCCGCGCUCAAUGCGCCUGCGCCCUCCGCACUCAGCGGUCCCUCCCCCCAAACUGGUGCCAUGUGGCGCCGUAUUUACGACCCUCGAUCGGCCCCGCCCCCCGGCUCCGGGAGCCCGCCCCCUUCCCCAGCAGCCAAUCCGGUUCUGCAGACCGCGGCGUUGGCUCCGCCUCCAGCGGGUCCGCGCGAGGCGGUUGCGGGACACCGCUUGGAGCCCGGCGCUGUCCCUCUGCGUUUACCGAGGGCUUGCUGUUUGCCCCGCUCCUUCGCGACCUCCGGACCGCUGGCAGAGGGGUCUGGGGCGGGUGACCGAACCUCUCCGAGAUUGUCCCAGGUCCGUCCAGAGGGUGGUGCCUUCACCUUGCGGGCAGCAAAGCCUCGGAAUGACACAGUGCUGGAGUGUUUCCAGCAGCGUCCCCUCUUUGGCAGUGCCCACACCUCCAUCCAGAGCCCUCCUUCGCUGCUCUCCUAUCUCAGUCCUUUCCAGCUGCUGGAACAAGAUCCCAUGGACAGGGACGCUUAG